UCUCUCAACUAUGCACGCGUCGCGAAUCACGCACGUACAACGGCGCUGACGUCGCGGUGUGGGUAUCACACGGUGUGUGGUGUGUGUGGGUGCUGUGCACGCGUAUAUACGUGCGUGCCGUGCACGCGUGUAUGUAUGUGUGUCACGAAUCGCGGGCAAUCGCGAGUCGCGACGCACGGGCGUACACAUGAACCCGGAUCGCCGUGAAACGCGGGUUCACGGCGGUGUUGUCGCUUCGCGGCCCGAAAGCGAUCACUCCGAAGCGAUUGUUCACUUCGAUCGUGCGAUUUUAUUCCGAGAAAAAGAAACGGGGGAAAAAAAGAAGUGAACGGAGAACGAACGCGCGCCAUACCGCGCAGAUGAGAGUACACGUGAUACGUUCGAGAAACACGCGCUCGCGCGUACGUAUGUGUGUGUGCGCGCGCGUACAGUGGAUGUAGUCUCGUUAUCACUCGAGUGAUACGCGGAUGACUUUUGCUCGUCUCGUCGAGACGCAUCCGAUCAGGAUUUUCAGGCACGCUGCAAUCUGACAGGUCAGUCACAGACUAUCAAUCCGAACUUUGAUCACGCUGUUUGAUACAAUGCAACGUAUUCUUCUCGUUUGAACUCUACAAGUAUUUCAUCGCCUCACUGGCCACUACCACCUUCGAUAAAAUCGGCGGCAGCCCAAACAAUGGUUUGAUGUCUCUCGUCAUCGUUUAUUUAUAAGUUCCUUUCUGGGUGUCUCAAGAUUGUCGAAAGUCUUCUAUCUUCUGAAUUUUACAGUAAAUCUGGAGCCAACCUUUCCUUUGAUUCGACGGAUGUGCGCGCAAGUGGUCAUGCGAUUAUGGACACCGAGAGCGGUAACAACGAUAGCGGCAUCAAUGGCAGCACCAGUGACGAACCGCGCAACGAGAGCAAGUCCGUCCUACCAAAGCACGGGGAUGCUACCCACGGCAAAUUCCUCGGCAAACAGGCCGGCUGCGUGCGUAAAAUGAGCACGAUGCUUGAAGAAGAGGGCGACGUGUCCGACGACGCGGAUCCAGACGUGAUCAGGAUCCGCCGUCAACAUCAAAAACGCCCCGAGAUCGAAGCCGAGUGGUCCUCAGAAGAGGAGAGAGAUCGUUUGCUGAACACCGCCAAACAUGAGAUCCUCGUUGUGCCGAGCACUAGUGGUAACAAUGUCAAAAGGGUGGCCAGCCACGAGGACAGUCCCGAAAGUAUUCCUCGAGAUAAAGGCCAUCGUCGACGGCCGCAGCCACGGCUGGUGCUUGAUCAGGCUGACUCCGGGUCGAGUUCGGAUCGCGACAACGGACUGCAUAGCCCUGGCAGAUCGAGCGCCAGAAGCAUUGAUCCACGACACUAUCGUCAUUAUUGUGCCAACGUGCGUUCGCCGAGAAUCUUCAGCAUGGAUGAGAACCAUCAGCACUGUCCCUGCUGCCAUCAAUUAUCACCUACCUGGACCUCUCUGUACACGGAGAACAACGGAAGUCAGGCUCGCUCAUUCCCCGACACGAUCUCGAUCAGAUCUCUGGCGUCGAUCGGCCUGGGCUCUUCUGACGGCCGGAAGCUCACGAUACGUAGAGUUCCCACUUCGCCGUCGGAGCUGCUUAACGUGGUACAUCCGCCACCUUUCGAGGAUGACGUUUCUACGUGGACCAGCUAUGACGAUCUGGACGCGGACGAUCCCGGCGAUUAUCGGCAGCCCAGGAGGCUUCACUGGGCGAAUAAAAUGGAAUUUGUUCUCGCCUGUAUAGGCUACUCCGUCGGUCUCGGUAACGUCUGGAGAUUUCCUUACUUGUGCUACAAAAGUGGCGGCGGUGUGUUCCUCGUGCCUUACUUUUUAAUACUCGUAGUAUGUGGAGUACCAUUGCUGUACAUGGAGCUCAGCAUCGGACAAUUCACUCGUCGCGGCCCAAUCGGAGCCCUGGGUCAAGUAUGUCCAUUGUUGAAAGGAGCAGGUUUAUCAUCAGUCGUAAUAUCAUUUUUAAUGUCUACCUACCAUAAUGUGAUAAUAGCCUACGCAAUCUACUAUUUCUUCUCGGCAUUCCGAUCGGAGCAACCAUGGUCACGUUGUGACAACUCGUGGAACUCGCCGCGCUGUUGGCUGCCUAGUUAUGGGUCCAUCGAUAAUCGAACUCGGCCGAAUCUGACAAGAACACCAUCCGAGGACUUCUUCGACAACAAGGUCCUGCAAAUUAGUAAUGGCAUCGAAGAGCCGGGGAUUUUGAGAUGGGAGCUCGUGGCGUGCUUGAUAACUGCAUGGAUCAUGGUAUAUUUUUCGAUCUGGAAGUCCAUUAAGUCAUCAGCACAAGUGAGAUACCUGACAGCAACGCUGCCUUUUCUCCUAAUCGUGGUCUUCCUCACGCGAUCCCUCACUCUGGAGGGAGCCUCGAAAGGUCUGCAAUUCUUUUUCCAUCCACGCUGGGAAUUGCUUGGCGAUGCAAAGGUCUGGAUUAACGCCGCGGCGCAAGUCUUCAAUUCUGUAGGAAUCGCUUUCGGCUCGAUGAUAUGCUUUGCGAGUUACAACCGAUUCCACAACACAAUCCUGGUAGACACCGUUGCUGUUUCACUCAUAAACGCCUUCAGUAGUUUACUAGUUGGAAUAUUCUCGUUCGCCACAAUCGGCAAUAUAGCGCUGGAGCAAAACAUGUCUGUCGAUGCUGUCCUAACCGAUGGACCUGGUCUAGUCUUCGUCAUCUAUCCGCAAGCGCUAGCCAAGAUGCCAGCUUCUCAACUCUGGGCUGUGCUAUUUUUCUUUAUGCUGGUCUGCCUUUCGUUAAACAGUCAAUUUGCUGUUGUUGAAGUGGUUGUUACGUCGAUCCAAGACGGUUUCCCGAAUUGGGUGAAGCGUCAUCUUCUCUGCCACGAAGUGCUGGUCCUUCUCAUAUGCGUCAUUUCGUUCUUGUUUGGAUUGCCAAAUAUUACGCAGGGCGGUAUUUAUUUUUUCCAACUAAUAGAUCAUUACGCCGCAUCGAUGUCUAUCAUGUUCUUGGCGUUCUUCGAAGUAAUUGCCAUCUCGUGGCUUUACGGCGUACGGCGACUGUGCAAUAACGUCAAGGAGAUGACUGGACGCUUGCCUUCGAAAUACUUCCGGUUCUGUUGGUUCCUCGCUGCGCCUCUUCUUAUAAUGGCUGUAUGGGUGUUCAGCUUAAUUGAUUAUGAGCCGCCGACCUACCAUAACGGUGAUUACAUAUAUCCAUGGUGGGCAGAAGCGAUCGGAUGGGGCAUCGCGUCUCUCUCCUUAAUUUGCAUUCCCGCUUUUGCCGUUUAUGUAUUCGUCAGAGCGGAUGGUGCGACGUUUGCUGAAAGAUUCAAAAAUUCCAUCAAACCACACUUCGAGGCGUGUAAAGUUUGCGGACAGGAAUACUGCAUGGAGCCCAUGCACAAUUUGCCAGAGCCGCCAGAGGACAUGGUUAAGGAGCCACAAACGGACAUGAAUACAUCCAUACAACUGAAUUCCUACAAUCAAAUGAAGCCUCAGACGUGAUAAUAUAUCGACUCGCAGGAAUGACUCGCUUUUCAUGAUUGCGCUUAAUCCACAGGAUGCCAAAGCAUUUUAAGAAAUGAUUGGUUAACAAGAAAUGUCAUUUGCUCGUAUACUUUUAUCGUCGGUCAUUACGAUAACUGUCGUGGGAGUCAACAUUCCAUAUUUAUAAUCUCGUUAUAAGGACGGUAAUCACUUGCGAAAGAGUCAUUAGGAUAAGAAUAUAUCUGUUAUAUACUUCUCAUAAAGUGUUAUUACUUCUUGUAAACUGUUACUCUUUACGCCAUUGUCAUGUGAUAGAUUAUAUAGACAAGCACUGAUUUGACAUAAGAGUAUAUUUCUGUAUAUAUCGCAGCCAAUACACAAUCUGAUGUGUACAUCGUUAACUAUAAUUUU